AUAUUGCUAUAUAUUGCACCACGCUGCUAUCAGAUAGGUUAUUGUCGUAACUCGGAGAACUAAGAUGGAUAGACAGACGAGCGCAAAUGAAAUGAAACCCAAAGCAAAUUUAGAUGCAGGUUCAACGGAGAGAGAAAGAUGGGACAGACACGCCGAAUCGCUGCUUUCUAUGCUCGGUUAUGCAGUAGGGCUAGGGAACAUAUGGCGGUUUCCAUACCUUGUGAUGCGGAAUGGAGGAGGAGCAUUUCUGAUUCCGUUUGCAAUAUUCCUUUUGAUUUGUGGAAUUCCUGUCUACUUUCUGGAAGUUGCAUCUGGACAGUUCUCAGGAAAAGGAAUCGUGGAACUGUAUGACGCGUGUCCAUUACUCAGAGGUGUUGGAAUUGGUAUCUGCCUGACAUCAGCGAUGAGCAUGGGUUACUACUCGAUGAUUCUUGGGUACACCGUUUACUAUCUUGCGAAUUCCUUUAAAUCGCCCCUUCCCUGGACGCUGUGUAAACAGAGUUGGAAUACUGAUGGAUGCUUCACGAUACAGAAACCUCCAGUUGUGAAUGAAAGUUUGAGACUGCCCUUAAAUGUAUCCGGGCCAGGGCACCACCUCAUAUUAACAAACGAAUCAAAGACUACAACUAAUACGUCCAUUUCUUAUAUAUCUUCCGCAGAAGAAUUUUGGCAAGAGAACGUGCUCCACAUGUCCGAGGGAAUUCAUCAGCUCGGAUCAAUGCAGUGGUACAUCGCAUUCUGUCAGCUGGCUGCCUGGGUUAUUGCCUUUCUUUGUGUGAUAAAAGGAAUCAAGUCCUCGGGAAAGGCUGUUUACGUAACUGCUACAUUGCCCUACAUCCUGCUAACAGUCCUGCUCAUUCGCGGGCUGACCUUGCCCGGCUCUGUAGACGGAAUCUUGUUUUACAUUACGCCGGAUUUCACCAGAUUGAAAGAUUUUCAGGUAUGGAUAGAAGCUGCGGUGCAGGUGUUUUAUUCUGUCGGGAUUGUCUGGGGGCCGCUGGUGACAUUGGGCAGCUACAAUAAAUUCAAGAAUAACUGUCUAAGAGACAGCAUUAUUCUGUGUAUUGGUGGAGAACUAACCAGUGUGUUUGGAGGGUUGGUUGUAUUUGCUAUUUUAGGAGUAAUGGCGGAUAAAAGAGGAGUCACAGUCGACAAAGUGGCUAAAUCAGGACCAGGUCUUGCUUUCAUCGCCUACCCGGAGGCUAUCUCCAUGUUACCAGUGCCAAACCUAUGGGCUGUCAUUUUCUUCCUUAUGCUGCUGACCGUUGGUCUUGAUAGUGUGUUUGGAGUAGUGGAAACUGUUCUUACAACAUUUGCAGACCGUUACAAGUUCUUCAGAAACAGAAGAGUCUUACUGGCAGCUAUAGUUGUUUGUCUCAUGUAUCUGCACAACCUGAUUUUCUGUACCGAAGGUGGAAUAUACGCUUUCCAGCUGUGCGACUGGUAUAUUGCUGUCGUCUCCGUACCUGUGUUUGGUUUAGCAGAAUGUGUAAUAUUUACAUGGAUAUAUGGAACGGAGAAUUUUUCUAAGGACAUUAAAUUAAUGCUUGGUCGAGAUGUUCCGGUGAUCAUAAGGUUCUGUUGGUGCUUUCUUUCUCCACUUUUCUUCAUGCUGAUGUUGAUCGUUGCUAUAAUUAAGUAUCAACCACCUCAGUAUGGUACAUAUGAAUUUCCGAGAAGUGCUGAAAUUGUCGGAUGGUUCUUUGCUGUUUUGGGUCUCUUUCCGAUACCUCUUUGGGCCUUUAUGGAGUAUAAUAGGACAGAGGGGAAAACCGUUCUGCAGAAAAUCAAGCGGGCAUUGAGGCCUAAUGAGAAAUGGCGACCAAACCAUGCACCAGAAUGGGAAUCAUACAGAGUGGGAGACAAACAGCAUGAUGGAAACUUAUUGCAAAUUAUAUCUAUGAAUAUAAUAGGGAAGAAAGAUUAAAUGUUUGUACUCUG